AUGCUGGGUUAUGGUGUGGACGAUUCCCGCCGUCCCGACCGAUUAGGUCGCAGACGUCCGUCUAACUGUGCGAUCCAAAUAACGAAUGCCCUCGGCCGAAGCCCGGGCUCUGUCCUAGCGUACGGCGUGAAGUUGGCUGCCAUGACGUUAGCUUCAAACCGGUCAACCCCACUCGCACGCUGCGCUACAACUCAGCUCCCGUAUUCAUGCCCGCGCGUUGUCUUCGACAUAUAG